AUGUCACGAUUUGCAUUGACACUUGUCCUGUUAAUCAUUUCACUCUUGAUCAGUGACAGUUACAGCUCAACAAGCCAAACUUUCGAAACACAACAUCUAGGACAGCUACCACAACUUGAUCAUGUUCUUGUGGCUGUCGAUGAAGUAAUGCGUCUGCCACCUGUCAGUCAAUCCUAUUUUCCAAGAUUAUUUUCACUCGACUCGACAAUUUUUGAAUAUUGUUCAACAAACGCAAGUUUUUCGCAAAGAUUUCAACUUUUAGGAGAGUUUGAUAUUAAUUCUUGUUCUGAUCUUCUUUGUAACAAGAUGAAUCAAGUUUUACUGAACUUGACUAAUAUUGAACAAUUGGAUCAGGUGGAUUCGGCUGUGAAUGCUUGUCUUUAUUGUAAACAUAUGGAAAAUAGAGGUGAAUUUGUGGAGAUUUACAAUAAUGGAACAUGUUUUGAUGUGAAUCAAAUAUUUUCAGAGAUUGAGUUUACAAUGGUUCUGAAACGACAAUGUAAUACUGGAGAGGAGAUGGUGGAUUUGCCAUUGUUUGAUUAUGAAAUGUUGACUACUCCGUUCUUUGUUGGAAAAUUGGGAGAUUAUAAGAAAAGUCGAAACGAAACUGUGAAUACGAAAUAUGUUUCUCUAUACGAAAUGUUUUCCUUUUUCAAUAGCAUUUCUAGGGAAGAUUUGGCUGAUUUGAAAAGACAAGGACCUUUUCACUUACCUGUUCUAUGUUGGUGUAAUUACCAAAAUCCAAAUUCACUUUCGUUUGCUUUCUACUGUAAUGAUGCUUAUCAUUUAUUCUUUAUUCCAUUGAGUUAUAGAGCUGUUCAGUGGAUUUUCUUUAUAAUUUUCGAGGGAUUGUUCAUGUUCAUUGUUUGGGCUAUUCUUCUACCAAGGUUGAUUGAGAGAAUUAAGAAAUUUAGACAAAUGGCCAUGAGAGAUAUUUCCUUUUCUGGAGCAGCUUUAUUUUCCAAAUUUAGAAAGACGAUGAAACACUUUUUUGACAUUGUCAUGCAUCCUCCAAUCAUGUUAAGUAUGAGUUGUCUAUGUGGUGGCUUAGAAAAUCUUUUCCGAUUUGUUUUUAACUUUUCCCAAACCAAAGAUUUCAAUGAUCGCUACUUUUCUGGAUUAUUCCGAGGAAUCUCCGCAGUCUUUGUUGUUUGUGCCUACAGUUCAUUGGUUAUUUCAUGGUCACACGUGAUUGACAUAUCCACAAGGAAAGACCAAGGAUCCAAAGGUUUGUCCAAACUUAAUAAGGCAAUUUUAAUUGCUUUCUAUUUGGGAGUCAUUUUAGUUUUGAUUAUUUCUGGAAUAGUUUACGCCACAGUUUCAGAUUAUGGUUAUGCAUGGAUUGUACUUGGAGCUUCAGUUCCAUUAUUUUUAUUGACAUUUGUCAUUGGUUUUAUGUUUUAUGGAUUCAAAAUCUUUUUAACUUUGAGAAAACGAGAUUCGAAUGCUGGAAUUCUCGAAUAUCGUUUCACCAAGUUUAUUCUCCUUGUUUCCAUCUUGUCAAUUGGUGUCUUGAUUGUUUGUUUCCUGAACUUGUUCACAUUCAUUCUUGGUUAUGACAUUUUAGGAUUAUUUUGGGGAAUUACAAGAAAUAUCUUUCUCGAUACCAGUUUGAUAACACUCAUCAGUUCGUGUACUUACAUUACCUUGAAUGAGGAAUCGUUUAGAAUAAUGUACGGAGAUCGAAUAACUGAUAGAGUGAUGAAAUGUUAUGAAUUGAUGAAAUGUACAUGGAAAGGAAUGAGGGAUGAGAAGAAGGAAGAGAAAUCUAGCAGAAGGCCUUCUAUCAAGAAUUCACAAAUGGCCUAUCCAAUUGAUCAAUCAGUGGUGAAUAAUGAAUCAACUUCUGAACUAUUGUCGACAAUAUCAAGUACAAACAAUUUAGUUUCCUCUCAAAAUUCACCUCUUCCAUAA